CCGGAAGCGCGACUGUUGUUUAUCCGCCAGUGAGCCUCCUCGUCGUAUUAGCAACGAUGGCCAGCGCCGCGGCGAAACAAGCGCCUAAAAUUGUCUCCAAGGCGUCUGCGGGAGGCGCCGGGGCUGCGGGGGCCGGUGGCGGACCCCCGAUAAUGCCCCUCGCCUCUCCGCUCAUGGGGAAAAAGAAGAAGCCGUUCCUGGGGAUGCCCGCUCCGCUCGGCUACGUCCCCGGUCUCGGCAGAGGUGCUACUGGUUUCACCACCCGAUCUGAUAUUGGUCCUGCUCGUGAUGCCAAUGAUCCAGUGGAUGACAGACAUGCACCCCCUGGAAAGAGAACAGUUGGGGACCAAAUGAAAAAGAACCAGGAUGAUGAUGAUGAAGAUCUGAACGACACCAACUAUGAUGAGUUCAACGGCUACGCAGGAAGCCUGUUCUCCAGUGGGCCCUAUGAGAAAGAUGACGAAGAAGCCGAUGCUAUUUAUGCAGCACUGGACAAGAGGAUGGAUGAAAGACGCAAAGAAAGAAGGGAGCUGAGAGAAAAGGAAGAGAUUGAAAAAUACCGUAUGGAGCGACCCAAAAUCCAGCAGCAGUUCUCAGAUCUGAAGAGAAAGUUGGCAGAGGUGUCAGAGGAGGAGUGGCUGAGCAUCCCUGAAGUGGGAGAUGCCAGGAACAAACGCCAGAGGAAUCCCCGCUAUGAGAAGCUCACCCCUGUCCCUGACAGCUUCUUCUCUAAACACCUGCAGACUGGAGAGAAUCACACCACCGUUGACCCUUUGCAAGGACUGGGAGGCCUGAACACACCUUACCCAGGAAGCAUGACCCCUGGUCUGAUGACACCAGGGACAGGAGAGCUGGAUAUGAGGAAAAUUGGUCAGGCCAGGAACACACUCAUGGAUAUGAGGCUCAGUCAGGUGUCUGACUCUGUGAGCGGGCAGACAGUUGUGGAUCCCAAGGGUUAUCUGACAGAUCUGAACUCCAUGAUCCCUACUCAUGGAGGAGACAUCAGUGACAUCAAGAAGGCUCGUCUGCUGCUUAAAUCAGUGAGAGAGACCAAUCCUCAUCACCCGCCUGCUUGGAUUGCCUCUGCAAGGCUGGAGGAGGUCACUGGCAAACUGCAGGUGGCCAGGAACCUGAUCAUGAAGGGCACAGAGAUGUGUCCUAAGAGUGAGGAUGUGUGGCUUGAGGCAGCCAGGCUCCAACCUGGUGACACAGCUAAAGCUGUGGUAGCUCAGGCUGUUCGUCACCUGCCACAGUCGGUCCGCAUUUACAUCAGAGCUGCAGAGCUGGAGACGGAUGUCAGAGCAAAGAAACGCGUCCUCAGGAAGGCCCUGGAAAAUGUGUCCAAGUCAGUUCGACUGUGGAAGACAGCUGUUGAGUUGGAGGAACCAGAGGAUGCCAGGAUCAUGCUUAGCAGAGCUGUGGAGUGUUGCCCUACAAGUGUGGAGUUGUGGCUGGCACUGGCUCGGUUAGAAACAUACGAGAACGCCCGUCGUGUCUUGAACAAAGCUCGUGAAAAUAUUCCCACGGAUCGUCACAUCUGGAUCACUGCUGCGAAGUUGGAGGAGGCCAAUGGCAACACUCAGAUGGUGGACAAGAUCAUUGACAGAGCCAUUACUUCUCUACGUGCCAACGGUGUGGAGAUCAACAGAGAACAGUGGAUACAGGAUGCUGAAGAGUGUGACAAAGCAGGUAGUGUGGCUACUUGUCAGGCCGUGAUACGAGCCGUCAUAGGGAUUGGCAUUGAAGAGGAGGACCGCAAACACACCUGGAUGGAGGACGCAGACAGUUGUGUUGCUCAUGGAGCGCUGGAGUGUGCCAGGGCCAUCUAUGCCCACGCUCUGCAGGUCUUCCCCAGUAAAAAAAGCGUCUGGCUCAGAGCUGCCUACUUUGAGAAGAACCAUGGCACCAGAGAGUCUUUGGAGGCCCUGCUCCAGAGGGCUGUGGCUCACUGUCCCAAAGCAGAGGUCCUGUGGCUAAUGGGUGCCAAGUCCAAAUGGCUGGCUGAGGAUGUGCCAGCAGCUAGAAGUAUCCUCGCUCUGGCCUUCCAGGCUAACCCGAACAGUGAAGAAAUCUGGCUUGCUGCUGUCAAACUAGAGUCGGAGAAUAAUGAGUAUGAAAGGGCGCGUCGACUGCUGGCUAAAGCUCGCAGCAGCGCUCCAACAGCUCGGGUAUUCAUGAAGUCAGUAAAGCUGGAGUGGGUGCUGGGAAACAUAGAAGCUGCCCAAGAAUUGUGCACCGAGGCCCUGAAACACUACGAGGACUUCCCCAAGCUUUGGAUGAUGCGAGGCCAGAUUGAGGAGCAGUGUGAAAAUAUGGACAAGGCCAGAGAAGCCUAUAACCAAGGGUUGAAAAAGUGUCCCCACUCCGUGCCCCUGUGGUUGCUGCUGUCUCGCCUUGAAGAGAGAGUGGGACAGCUGACCAGAGCCAGAGCAAUCCUGGAGAAGGCACGACUCAAAAACCCCCAGAGCCCUGAGCUAUGGUUGGAAUCAGUGAGACUGGAGUUCCGGGCUGGACUGAAGAACAUCGCCAACACAUUAAUGGCCAAAGCCCUGCAGGAGUGCCCAAAUUCAGGCAUCCUGUGGGCUGAGGCAGUGUUCUUGGAGGCCAGGCCCCAGAGGAAGACCAAGAGUGUGGAUGCUUUGAAGAAGUGUGAACAUGAUCCCCAUGUUUUGCUCGCUGUAGCCAAGUUGUUCUGGAGUGAGCGGAAGAUCACCAAAGCCAGAGAGUGGUUCCUUCGAACAGUAAAGAUUGAGCCAGACCUGGGAGAUGCUUGGGCUCUUUUCUACAAGUUUGAGCUGCAGCACGGCACAGAAGAACAGCAGGAAGAGGUGCGAAAGCGCUGCGAGAACGCAGAGCCUCGCCAUGGAGAGCUGUGGUGUGCCGAGUCCAAACACGUCUUGAACUGGCAGAAGAAAACAGGAGAGAUCUUAGCACAGGUAGCCAGCAGGAUUAAAAACACAUUCUGAGACUGAGGAGAUUUGGACUGAAAACACCUGGAGGACUCUGGCAGUCACCAGUCUAGCAGGGAACAGCCUCGGACACGCUUUUUCUCCACCAGGACUUCCUCAUAAUUUGGCAAAUACUGUGUACUCACACCACCUCUUACUACUUUCAUGUUUUGAUAUUUUGCAAAUUUAAUUAAUUUCCCAACAGAAAAUGGUGAUUUAAUGUCAAAGUGAAAACAUAUCUGAGCAUAUUUUAAAGUUGGUGCUCAGAAAACUCAGAAUGACUCGCCGUCCACUUAUGCAGUAACAACACAUUUGACAGCUAUUAUACCAGUCAGCCUCCAGUAUCGUGCUGCCAUCACCGUGCAUUGUGCCGGAGAUAAGCUGUUUCUGGAAAUGUGUCUUGUUUACCUUGUUGCUCAAGUAUCUAGUUUAGUACGAUCAUUUCCCGCUUUGUUUUAGCCUCCUACUUAACCUCUGGCAGACAUUGCAUUGUUUCCUUUUGCAACUCAGCCGUAAAACCACACCUGGUAGAAUUACCUAAGCAGAUGUUGUGUGCACAGUCCUGCUCUGAAUCAUUAAAGAAAAGAAAAGACAUCUAUUCUAGUGAAAGGCUGGCUGAAUUAAUGAACUUGCAUCAACUUUCUAGCAUAUCUGUGAAGACAGACUGUUAAUUACAUCAUGAGUAUUUCACAGACUGUAUCUUUCUUUACUUGGGAUAUUUACACAGCAUCCCCCAUCUUCACCUUGAAACUCUGUAGUACUUCCAGUGUUAAGCUAUGUACCAGACCACUGAAUGCUUGAGGAGUCUAGGACUUAUUCAGCAUAUUGUAAGGUUUCGUGUGCAGUUGCGCAAAUUUAUUUAGAAGGUUCCUUUGAGUGCUGAAGUUCGCAUUCAGAUGUAUUUAACUUAAAGUCACUGUCUAUGUUAAUGAUCUGUUUGUCGUACACAAUUGGACAGAAUCCCUCGUAGAAGAUAAACAUGACAGCUGCUCAUAUAGACGCUGUGAUAACAUGGUUGUGAAUGGAAAUAAAAUGUUAAGAAGGGCAAGAUUAUGCAACUGUUGUUUCCAGUCUGGCUGAUGUGUUGAUUCAGGCUGUCAGUGGUGGGGUGUAGCAGUACUCAGUGCUGAAUUAUGUAUUAAUUGUAACAUAUUGCACUGCACUGGUCAUGAUUAGGAGCUUAGUCAUACAAGUGAUUUCCAGAAAACGAAUGAAGUCAAUCCUGAUGACUGCAAGAUGUGUUUAAAUGUGUGCAGCUGAAUCACAAUUUCUGUUGUUUUCACUUUGACAUGAUCGUUUUCUGCUCAUCAGUGUCAACAUUCUAAUUUCAGUCAUUUUAGCUGCUGAGUUUGUUGAAGAUAAAGGAAAUAAAGUGAAUACAUUGGCAUUUUAAGAGAGGAAUAUGCAAAACUCAAGUUUGUUCCACCUUUAGGCAUCAAGUGAUUGGUUGUUUUUGUUAGUGGAAUUUUAUUUUUUGUGUCCUGUCCCCAUGGAUGUGUUGGAAGUCCAGAUUUGGCAAUGUCGGUUCAACAAGAUGUGACAGUGUAUAUAAACUCUUUGUCAGGUGAUAUUACGUGAUUUCUCAUGUGAUAGUGUUGGGUUUGCCUUUUUUACUAGCUUGCUUGAGAUGUGUUUAAAAUACUUUGCAGGCAUCCAAUAAACAAGUAAUAAAAUGCA